AUGGAAUACGACACGAAUCCGCUGCCGGCGCCUGCCCGCUUCGCCUUAAUCGUGGCACGUUGCCAAUGCUCUCGCGAGCGGCGUCUUCGCGCCGGUUACAUUCGCUCAGUGGCUAAACACGUUGCCAAUCCUCCCGCGGGUGGCGUCUUCGCGAAGGCUGCAUUCGCUCAGUGGCUAAACACGUUGCGAAUCCUCCCCCGUGUGGCUUCCUUGCACCAGUUACAUGUCAACAUGGCUCAGUGGAUGUACACGGUGUAUAUUGGUGGCUGGUUACAG